UUGUGUGUGUGUGUGUGUGUGGAGCAGAUGGCCACGCGCUGAUGUCAGAAGUUGUCAGAUGGUGAGGGUUUCUGUGACGCGGGUUUAAAUGUGAAAGCUGUUGUCUGUGUUGACCGUUAGAGCCAUUUGUUCCUCCAUCCAAGAUCUUUUCAUAAUCCUCUACACUUGCUUGGGGAAGGAAAAAAAAGUUUAUAACUCGUGCCGUAACUCGACUUGUAUGUGGACUGCGUUUCAGGGUGCUUUGGCUCUCCAGAUGUGCAUUUGGACUAAGGAUUAUAAGGCUACAUGUAAUGAACAAUAUAAAAAUGCAUUUCCUGUAGAGAUGUACAAGGAUGACAUGUACACAUUUCCCGUGCGAGGCUAAUUCUCCAUUUUGGAUCAGGCUGUGAGCUCUUGAGCCAGAAUGGCAGACCCCUCUAUGUUGGUGACAGAGGGGGUGAUGCCCACGCUGGCAUCAACACACAGCUGUGUUCUGGAGGUCAGGAAGAAGUAUGAGGUCAUUCCUUCAGUAGCCUGCACUGUGUGCUUUAUACUGGGGAUUGUCUACUGCUUCUGUGGGUACCGCUGUUUUAAAUUAGUGAUGUUCCUGUCUGGGAUGGCGUUCGGGACUGGCAUAGGCUACCUGCUAUGUCUCCGGGAGCAGCUGCUGGACUCGCCGCUGGACGCAGAGACACGGGCAGGCAUCUCUCUAGGCAUUGGCUUACUGGGAGGAUUGGUGAGCAUACUGGUGCGAUGUGUGGGUCUGUUCCUCACUGGUCUCCACCUGGGCCUGCUGCUGUCCAUCACCGCUCUGCUGGCAGUGGGACAGUAUUACCCCAUCCUCAGUCCUGUUUGGGUGCCUGCAGGAACAGUACUUGGAAUCAGCGUAUUCUUCGCUGUGCUGACACUCUGCUGGCAGAGAAGCAUGACCAUGGCGGCUACGGCAACGCUUGGUGCUGCCAUCAUCAUGACAUGUGUGGAUUACUGCAUGGAGACACCAAUGUUGGUGUGGAGGGCAUAUGUGGGGCUGCAGAGGAACCAAGACAAGGUGCUGUGCUGGUACAGCUGGGUGAUGUUGGGCAUCUGGCCUGUGGUCGCAGCUCUGGGAAACCUGGUGCAGCGUAAAUUCACUGCCAAAGGAACGUCACACUCUGAAGUGAUAGUGAGUGGCAAACAAAAGCAACUGCAGCUGUUGAGGAUCAGACAGUUGGACGCACGCCGGCGUCCAGAGGGAAAAUAUCGCCGCAGACCUCCACCUCUCAAACGAUACGCAGGAGACGUGCUCGCUCCGAGCUACUUGGCGAACCUGCGCGAGAGGCAGAUGAGCACGGGCUCGUCUGUGAGCAGUCUGAGCACCGUCUACCACACCAUGAUCGACUUUGACUUUGAGUCAGGAUCCAUGGUGCCUCUCACAACCUCCUCACCUGCAGUGAUCAGGGUGUGAAUGACUCAGAAACAUGCAUGCACACACACACACUUGGGAAGAGAGUUCAAUGGAGUUCAGUGCUAGCUGAGGUAAACAGACUUGGAUGAGUGCUCCAGAGAGACUGUGUGUUGACUACGUGGACUCUGGGUUGACUAAUAAAACUCUGUGGAGUCUACUGAACACUGAACACUGGAUCUUCUCAGGACUUCCGGGUGCAUGACGGUUAAAAGUAGAAAUACUCUAAAACUCUAAACUCUAACUCAUUACUUUAACACAACCCUUUUAGCAAUAAAUAAUAGAAGGCACUGAUUUGCAUUCAGCUUUAAAAGUCAGAUAUGAAACAAAAAAUUCUGACUGAUCAUGCCUACUCCCACAGUUAUUUUUGUCAGUAUCAACCCACAGUAUUUUCUAAUGAAUUUAAUUUAUUCUAUUUCCCCAAAAUAUAAAGAAAUUAAUGAUUUAAACCACAACGAGCCUGACCAGGAUAAAGCAAUACCUAAAGAUGAAUGAAUGAAUGCAGUAAACAUGUAGUGUACUGCAACACACACACUCCCCUGUUAAUCUACGUGGCCUUUCUCUGUGCUGCAAGCUUCAUAUCUGACUGCCUGCUCCCACCUGCAUGAGAGUAAAAACCUGUUUGCUGUUUGGUUUCCAAAUGCAUAUAGUUAAACAAAAUGAUGAGGGACAUGAAAAAUGGAAAAAUGUAUGGAUUAAACACUGCAUUAGGGUGUAAGAACACUAAUCCUAACUCUAACAGGAUCUUAGCAUGCAUUCACUAUCAAACCAGCGCACAUUAUAUCUCUGACCUCAGCUGUGGAUAAGGUGCUUUAUGAUCGCAUUUAUUUGCUCUCUAUCUCACUCUCUCUCUCUCUCUCUCUCUCUCUCUCUCUCUCUUGGGAACUGGUUAAAUUUACACAACUGCAUCCCCUAGGGAUAGUAUUCAUAUACAGUAUGUAAUACAUUAGAACAAUUUGUUUGACACACAAAUAAAACAGUGUUAUUCAUA